UCUGCCCUUCACUGGGCCAAUAAACACAGCUGCCUGGUCACCGGAAAUACUCAGAGAUGGGUAUUUGACCCAGUAAGGCCUUCGGUGGCUCCCGCACCUGAGAGUUCCAAAAGACAGAAAAGGAAAAGAGACCUAAUGAGUUUGCCAGGCUGGGAACAUGCAGUUGAAGGCUUUUCAAAGCCCCCCUUUCCCCUGGGGCGGCGCCUGCGCGAAGAGACGCCUGGCUGACCGCCUAAGCCACUUCUGGGCGCCUGGAAACAGUUGUACCUGAAGCCUUUCCUGAGCGCCCCACUUGCCUUGCUGGCUUUGGCGAGCUUGUGUCUGGGUUUCUGUCGCCCGAGGCUACAGCGCGUGAGUGACUGGAUCGUGCACGAGAGCGUGGCGCGGCCUCGGGUGGUCAGGUCUGUGGGAGGCAGACGCCCAUCCAAGUCGCCGAUGGACCGCGCAAUAGAUGCACGUUUCUUGCGGUGGCUCCGACUCGGGACUCCACAGACCCCAGCUCCUCAAGCAGAACGAACGUAGAGCUGCAGCAAGCCGGAUCAAAGUUUGGUCACAGCGAAACAAAGCUCGCGCGCGGUCACACAGCCAGGGUCCACUCUGCAGCCUAGGUACCGCAGCCAGUCAGUCACAGGAUUCUAGAUAGGCGCCAUCUUCCUGGCCGGAAGUUUGUGCGGAGUUGCCGUGACGCCUUCUGGGAAAUGUAGUUCCAGGAACCUCAGGGUCUGGACGCUGAUAGGCUGAGGCGAUCCCGGAGAUAUAAAUUAGAGUAUAACUGGCGGGAGUGAGGCUGAGGUAGGGUACUAUUGGGAAUGGGUGUGUUCCGGAGUUGAUUUAAGCAAGAUUGGGCGGAGCUUGUAGUUCUGGCUUCAUCAGACAACAGUUGUCAAAGAUUCUGCUGUGAUAGGGCAGGAGACUGACCUGGGUGGGGCUGAUUGAUGAUUGACAGGAUAAGGUUUGGCUUGGGUUUGCCAAAGGCUCUCUUAACUAUUUAUUUCUGCUCAUUUGUUUGUUUGUUUAUUUAUCUAUAUCUAUCCACCUAUUUACUGAUUGAUUUUUUGAGGCAGGGUUUCUCUGUCUUAGCUGUCCUGGAACUCUCUCUGUAGACCAGGCUGACCUUGAACUCCCAAGUGCUCUCUGGCCCCCAAGUGCUGGGAUAAAAGGCCUGUGCCACCUCCACCCGGCUUAUUUCUGUUCUUAUUUUACAUAUGUUGACACUCAUCCAAUACUAUCGCUAAGGGGGCUGAUAGCGCCCAGCUGUCAUUACAGCACCCCAGAGAUCAGAAGAUGAAGAUCGGGUGUUCAAGUUAUCCCGCACUAUAUAAGACCCUUCUAAAAACCAAAAUGGAAAGAAAAAGUAAAAAGAAAAGCCAGCAGACACACUGUGGACAGGCUCCAUGUCCCACCGGAGCCUUCUGACACAGACAAGGCAGACAAGUAGGGCUCUGUGGGAACAGCAGUCCUUGCUGAAGAGAAACAUUGUGGCGUGGUGAACAGAGGCAGGCACCCCAAACCUGAAGACCUGACUCAAUCCUGGGGACCUGCAUGGUGGAAGGAGAAGAGCAUGUAGCUUACCCACCACAAACACAAAUAAAAAAAGCAAAGGCAUGAAAGACUUGACCCAAAACUCCUACGGGGGAAAACCAAGGAUCCAGGCCGACAAAGGGAAUCUGAGAGCAGGCUGUGAUCAGGGGUGGAAGAAGCCAUGAGUGCCCGGGCCACACGGCCCCGAAGUCGCCGAGGGAGGCAUCCUCCACCCGGGGAACUGGACCCAGUGGUUGAGAGUUCAGAGGAGGCGGAGGCCACCAGUGGGAGCUUCGAGACCAAACUCAAGCUGCUUCCGGAACACCUUAGUCCUGACCUGCAGAGACCCGGGAGCCGGCCUGAGGAUUGUUAUUGUGUGGGAUCCCAUGGGGCCCUAGCCUUGAAGCCAGAAGAAGGGUGCAAGGCUGAGGUGGAAAGCCCCCAGAGCCCGUGGGCAGCCAUCCCGGAUAGUGGCCCUGCUGAGGCGUCAGUAGCCAGCGUGUUCCAGACCCUGCAGAGCAGGCUAAGCUCCCUUGAGGCCACCGUGGCCGCCUGGCGCCACCACUCCCUAGGCUUUGCAAGGCCAGCGGAAGGAGAAGACAGUGGCCAGGGGGCACCUGGGUCCUUUGGUGGUCAGGAAGAAGCCGGGUCUGGACAGCAGGAGGCAGCUCGCCUCAUAGAGAGGAACGCCUGGCUGCGUCUGGCCCUGGGCAGCCGGGAGGAGGAGUUGGUUUGCGCUCAAGCUUCCCUGCAGGCUGCCCGAGCAGAGAAGGAGACCCUGCAGAAACAGGUGCGGGAGCUGGAGGAUUCCCUGAUGCAGCUUGAGGCUUCCCUGCCCACCCCCCUCCUCAGAGCAGGGUGUACAAACAGCAGCAACUCCAGCAGUUCUGGGGCAGAAGGGCAGCUCUGGGCACCUCAGGACUCCCCCUUGGCUCACCCUCUUCUCCAACGCCUCCGGAGUGACUCCAGCACCCACAUCUUUGGGUGCCUUUCCACACAGCCUUCAGCCCCUGAGACGCACCUCAUGGAGGACCAGAUGGGGCAGCUCCAAGGAAGCAUUGAGAAGUUGAAGUGCUUCAACCGCCUCCUGCUGGCUGUGCUCCAGGGUCACAAGGGCCGCUGUGAGAGCCUUAGUAUGCAGCUGGGCCAGCGGGAGGCUGAGGCCACAGCCCUGCGCCUGGCCCUGCAAUACAGCGAGGAUUGUGAGGAGGCAUAUGGAGUGCUGCUCACUCUGAGGACUGCUGGAGCUGGAGCCACCAAGAGUGACCUGCAGGCUGCAGAGACAGAGGCAUCUAGGCUGCUAGUGGAGAAGGAAGCCGCUAUGGAUGGAGAGAUACCAUGGCCCAGCCCUGAGGGCAGCAGUGUGGACAAGCCUACACCACAGGAACUGGCUGCUCAGCUCCAUGACUAUAUCCAACAUCUCCGGGAACGCUGGGCUCUGGUGAAGAUCCCCCCGGCGCUCAGCUCUGACGCCACACCCAGGCCCACUAUGCCCCACGCAGAAGCAACAGUGCAGGCCAUUCUGGAAAUACAGCCUGGCCCAGCCCUGCCCCGGCUAGAGAAGUCUCAGAUCCAGCAGGACCUGGUGGCUACUCGGGACAGUCUGGGGGAAUUGAUGCUGCGGCUGCAGCUGUCCCGGCGAGAGAAGCGAGGGCUGGAGCUGCGGGAGUCGGCGCUGAGGGCCCAGGGCCCCGCCCACCUGCUGCUACUGCAGCAGCUUCGCUGGGAGCGGACUCACCUGGCUGGAGAUGGCAGCAGAGGAGGUAGCAGCGAGGAUCCGAGCAGCGAAGAGGAGGACGAGGAGGAGGAUGGGCAGCAGCACUACCAGGGCCCUCCUGCCCUCCCCGGCGGCCAGAUGGGCAGAGCGUGGGAUUCUGAGACCUUGUCCCAGGAACUGUCGGCAUCCCUCGCCCGGACAGUGGGCCUUCGGGCACAGCUGCUAUCCCUGCGGCAGCAGCUGGAACAGGUGGCUCAGAAGGGCCGAACCCGACGUGCUCAGAGUGCAGAGCUGAACAGAGAGCUGUGCAAGGCUCACAGCUCCCUGGUCUUGGCCUUCAGAGGAGCCCACCAGAAGCAGGAAGAGCAGCGCCGGAAGUUGGAGCAGCAGAUUGCUCGGAUGCAGGCCCAGCAGGUAGAGGAGCUGACAGUGCUGACAGCCACCGCCAGAGCCCUGGAGAAGCCCGGGACUCCACAGCCAGGCCAGACUUUCCUGUAGAACCCAGACCAAGCUUGCAUGUAACAUGCAGCUGUGGCAGGCAUGUCAUAAAAUGUCUUGUCAGGGGCUGCAGAGAUGGCUCAGCAGCUCUUGCAGAGCACCCUAGUUCAGUUCCCGCUCUCCACAGCCACAGUGCCUGUAAUGUCAACUAGGAGGAUCUGUCUCCCUCUUCUGAACUCUACAGGCUCUACAGUGAUGCACACACACACUCUUAAUUAAUAAGUAAAGCAUCCUAUUGUGACAUCAUA